GUCAGUUUGAAAUAGUUAACGUUUCCUUGAUUUUUUCACUGCUCGUACAGCUGAGUAGUGAAGUGUUUUGUUUAACCCGUAGAUUUUUGACGGUACGGAACAUAAUAAAUCGCACUGAACUGUGAUCUUAUAUCGAUAAGUGAACACAAAUACAACGUCCAGUGGAUUAAUUUCCAUCAUUUCAAUCUUGAUGCUUUAACUCUUUCAAUCUAAUAUAUGUUCUAUUCCUUGGAUUUAUCUUGAUCUCGAUUUAAAUCAGAAAAUAUUAGACAAGAAAAUAUCCUAAAAUGUGUGAAAUAGAAUUGUACAGAAAAACAAAAAUAGAUAUUCCAUUACUGGCUGCUGGAAUGAUUUUGUGCAUUUUAAGUUGUUUAAUGAUUUCUGUUGGAAUAGCUAGAGUACGUGAAGAUGUUUGGAUAGCAGGAAUUCUUGUAGCUAUUGUAGGUUUACCGCUAUUCUUGUUUUUCUUGGUAGUUUUUUGUGUCAUCAGAACAAACAAUUAUACGGAAGUGUUACCAAAGCAGUAUGUACUUGGCAAAAUACCACCACCAACCUUUACAAGCAUACCAUCAGCACUUGGAUCUAUUUAUCACGCGUAAACUUUUUUCAUGAACAUAAUUCUUUGUAACUCAUUUGGAUAUUUUUUAUCUUUCCCUUUUGAUUGAUAUGAUUAGAUUUUGGUCUCAUUUCAUAACGUUAUGUGUAGAACAGUUAAACUAUUUCAAUGAAUUUUAAGUUCUUAUUACUUUUUGACGAUUUUCAAUGAGGAACGAUUGCUUUCAGUCUUACCAUUUCUUAAUUUUAACCUAUUUACUUGUAAAUAUAUAAAAUAAGUGGUUUUUAUAAUUUCUGAAAGUCCUAAUGGUUCUUUUAUAAUAAUUUUUGAACACUUUUCGUAUUGUUUGUAUGGUUUAUGGGCUUGUAUAAAUUGCAAAUUCAUGUCUGUUGACAAAGUAGAUGACAAUAAAACAAAAUCCCAUAUCAAGUUGGUUUUGACUUAACGUCUUUUUUAAUGGUAUAUCUUUUUAAUAUGUUGGUUAUAAUGUUAGAUCGUGGUUACUUACCACUUUGAAAGUUUUGGUCUGAAUUUUUGACUUAUGUCUUGUAUUAUAUUGUGUCUUCUGAGUUAAGUGGUUCAUUCACAAAGUUUUGAUUGAUGCUGUGAACGACAUCGUCGGCAGUUACUCUACAUAAAGUGUAAGACCAAUCACACUUGCAUAUAUUGAAUGGAAUUCCCCCCAUAAGUUUUUAAUCAAACUCGUUAGUCAUCUGACUAUUUGAUUUUUUAUCAUUAUUGCCAUACUUCUAGUUAUUUGCUUUUAAAGGAAUUCAAGUUGGAAUAAGCCACAAUUUCUGAAAAAAAGCGAGGUAAGAACAAAUGAUAUCUGCGACCUCCAAAUUUAAAAUCAAUGAUAAUGAAUCGUACUCAGUGAAUGGUCAUGGAAAUGGCACUGAUGUAUUUAUUUGACUAAUUGCAUUUAGUUAGAAUUACCGCUAGAAGACUGAAUAAACGAAUCAUAUGCCUAACUGGACAAAUGUAAUUCUUCUUAUGCUGAUAUUAAUACAUUGGUUUUUGUCUGAUCAAGUCAACCAAUUAGUAGACAUAACGAUACUUCAACAAUAUAUGAUCAUUAAACUCAUGAAUCAAAAGUAAUGUUACUGUACCCCUAUUUAGUUUGAAAAUCAUUGCCAUAACUGUACGCCUCUACACUAAGUUUCUGCUCAUCAAUCUGAAACACACUACUGAGGAUUUUGUUUUAUUAUUUCCUAACCGCUGCUGAUAAACUAGUAAAUCGUUUGUUGCUUCCGUAAACUGCCAUUACAUAUUCCAAUUUUGACUUGUAAACUUACGUAAUCAGUGCUAUAAACUGUUUGAAUGACUUAUCCCACCUUUUUUCUUAUUACUCUUAACUUAACCUUAUGCAACUUGUUUUAAAUUCCCAAGUUACAUUGUAUGUAACUGAUUUAUUUAUUUGGCUAAUUAAACGGACACUUCUUAUCUUUAACAAAAUAUUACAAAUUUUGCUAACAUCCUGUUUCAAAUUACUUAGUUUAUACAAUAUAAUAUGCACUAAAACUUGAAAACCAACCGUAAUUUCAAAUUCUGAUAUAUUUUUGUUAAAUCAAAAAUUAAAAAAUUAAUAUUAUUGACACCCAAUCAUUUGAUCGGUAAUAAUUUAGUAUACAAUUAUAAAAUGACGAUGUUAGUCUAGCAUGAUGAUGAACGUCUAACUAAAAAACUAUUCCUUCAUAUAUAUAAUUCUGAUAGGAAUAUAAUUUUCGGUAAUUGAAUGUAAUGUGCACUUCUAAUCAAUAGUUCAUUGAUGUUGUCAUGAGGAAGUGCAAAAUAUUUAAUGUACUGGAAAUUGAAAGAUUUGGUUAUUUGUUUUAGUUUUUUAGUUUUAACUUGACCUUGUCUGUAUAAGUGAUGUUAAACAAAAAAUUUAUUUUCAUUUUUAUCAGCUUAUUUUUGUUAAAUGAAAUUAGUUUUGGAUAUAUUUUGGUCUGUCGAAAAAUGAAAAAAGACAAUAAAAGAAGCUAUCAUGGAUAUGGUGGUUAUUGCUAUGACUGUAUAUUCAUCUGUCGUGUAUUUACAAAUGAUAUGAAACGACCGGAAUCGUUUCAACCUAGAAAACGCGGUCCACAACAUCCAGAUGAAGCAUUAAAAGAAAAACUUCGCAGAAAUUCAGUACCUAGAGGUAUCUAUGAUAAUCCGUAUAACCCUGGUUUGUGGCGUCGUACGACAACAUUGACUGCACCAUACACUAGUUAAUACAUAGUAAAUACAAAUAAAUAAAGUUAUUCAGUAUAUUAUUUGCCAUCCAAUAUUAUUAUUUAAUUUCCAGAUCGUCUAAUAAACGUGAACAAAUGAUAAUUACUUUUCCAUCAAAUAAAAUAUUGUUUUAAUAUCUUUUGCUUGUUUCUCACAAAUUCUAUUGGAAAUAUUCCUCUAAUAGCCAAUAAUCAAACCAGUAACAUUUUGUGGAACCUGACAUACUAUAACCAAAGCGCAGUCGAUCUUCGUUUUUUUCUUUUACUCUUGAUCGUAAAAACCAAUGGUCAUAUUUUAAAUGAACAAAACGCAUAACAGCCAAAAGCUGCUAACAAGAUAGUGCUCAAAAAUCACGUCAAAGAUACCUACUAUGUGGUGAUUCUGUUUGUUCUAUUAAUAAUGUACAUCGUUCAGUACGUUGUUAACUUCCACUUCAACUUUAUUCCGGUUAUUUUCUAAAGUUUUGGAUAACAAAAGCACUGUUGUAUUUAAUUAAAUCCUGGAAACACUUUUAGCAGUAUGUGGAUACCCAAAAUACGUAAUUCUAUAUAUCUUCAAUAUUGCUGCUGACCUCGUUAGUUUUGUUGGAUACGGUCUAGCUGAAGGCGCUCGGUCACGCAUCCGUACCAGAUCACUAGUGGAUAGGCCGUGUUACGCAUCUCUUUCAAUUGCUAGCCAGUUUAGACCAGACGAUCGAGAGCUUCUCAAAUAUAUCUUCGAACCCCU